AUGGACGACGACACGCUUGGCGCCCAACGGUUGCAGCACCCUACGCCUGCUGAAGUCCCGGUUCUACCUACGCCUGCUGCUGAUCUUCCGCCGCCGACCCCGGCGCAUGCCGUGAGGUGGUCAGGUGAUCGCGACGGCUCGUCGGUCUCGCCCGAAGUCUCGCUCAUUGCCGCUGGUCCCUUUGACGAGCUCGUCCGCGCCGACGCAGGCGCGCCUGCAGCCCAUGAGGCAUCCGCCUCGCCGCACGGUUCGUACUCCUCGCGGUCGCGAUCCCGCUCCCGCUCCACCCCACUCUCCGACAAGCUCGAGGAGCUCGCUGCGCUUCGUCUCAGUGACGCCGACGACUCGGCAGCCAAGGCAGAGUUCUUUGCUCGCAAAGAACGUGAGGGCCCUGUCAACUACGGCGAGCUCCUUGCCGAAGCCUCGGCCUCUGACGACGACUCUGACGCCGGCUCAGUCUCGGGCCUCACCGUCCCGCUUCAGCCGACCCUCUCGGCGACGCCGACUCGCGCCCCAGCGCCGGCUGCGGCCUCGUUCCGGGAGCCGUCCGCUGAGCUCUCCAACCAGCGCGCCACUGCAGAGCUCCGCGCAGAGCUCACCCGUUUGUAUGCCCAGCUUGCAGAGGCCCAGGAUGCCACCGUCCAGGCCAAGGCAGCCCUCGCCCGCCACAAGCGCGAGGCUGAGCGUGCCGCCCGCAUCGCCCACGACAAGGCCGACGCCACCAUUAAGGGCCUUCGUGCAGAGGUCGAUGAGCUCCGCACAAAGCUCGCUGCCCCUGACGUCAAGGAGCAGGAGGCUCUCAUCCAGGGCUUCCAGCGCGAGAACGAAAAGCUCUGUGCAGAAAUCAAGGAGCUCAAGACCGCCACCGCCUCGCCCGCAGCUGCAUCCCCCGACGCCGCCCCGGCUCGCCGCACACCUGCCCCGGCUUCGCCCUCUGUGCUUUCCUCGCCCGCACCUUCUCAAGACCCCAACCCUGAGCUUGUCGCCGAGCUCGAGGCGGCUCGCACUCGCGAGCUGGAGCUCAAGUUUGAGCUCGACAAGAGCCGCAAGGAGAAGAAGGAGCUCGCUGCCCGCGUCGCCGGCAUUAACCUCGACACUUACGAGGCGACGCUUGCCGAGCUCGAGGCGCUCAAGGCCAAGGCUGCUCAGGAAGCCGACGACGCCGCUUCCCGUGUGGCAUCGCUCACGUCCAAGCUCCGCUGGUAUGAGGAGAACCAGGAGCUCAUCGACGCAUCCGACGCCGAGCUGGCCGACGCUCGUGCCACCAUCGAGGCACUGCGCCUUCGACUGGCCGAUGCCGGCAUCAGCAGCCCUGACACCCACGACGAUGCUGCCCGCAAGCGCGCCGCCGCAACCCGCGCUGCCGACAAGCGCCGCAUCCGCGAGCUCGAAGCCCAGGUCGCCAACAUGGACGAGGUCAUCCGCAACCGCUUUCCUGACUCCAUCCCCGAGCUCAUUCGUGCUGCUGCUCCGUCGUCCGACGACAACGAGACCAUCGCCUUUCUCAAGGGCGAGCUCGAGCGCGUCAACGCCGCCUUUGACGCUGCCCAGGACAAGCACUCGCGUGAGCUCCGGGUCCUGCGCCAAAAGCAUGAGAAGACCCGCGCGUUCUACGAGCGCGAGCUCGAGGCCGCCGCUGACGGCGCGCCUCGCCCGCGUCGCAACCCGCCGCCCACACGUGGCCGUGUAGCCGAGCUUGAGCGCACACUUGCCAACGUCCGCUCGCUCUACCAGCGCAAGCUUCGUGACGCAGACGCCAAAAUUGCCCGCCUCGAGGCCCAGGCCUCGGCUCCGCCGCAGGCUGCAUCCCGUCCGGCCUCUGGGCCGCCCGGCCGCGUCCGUGCCCUCCGCACCAAGAUCCGGACCCUCGAACGCGAGCUCGCCGAAGCCCGCGCUGCCAAUGCCCAACUCCGCGAGCUUGGUGACUCGGCUCCGGACCCGAUCGCACUCGACGAGCUCCGCGCCCGCAAUCGCGAGCUCGCCGAAGAUCUCGAUGCUGCUCGCGCCGACGUCGACGAUGCUCGCGCCGCCGCAAACGCUGCUGAGCACGCUCACGCCGCAGAACUCAACGCCAUCACCACAGCGCACGAUGCAGCCAUGGAUGCGCUCCUCUCCAAGCUCGACACCGCCGAGUGGAGCCGCCGGGCCAAGAACCAGCCGCCUGCCUCUCCGCCGCCGCCUCCCACCGCUCUGGAGAACAAGGAGAACGACCCAGUCCCGCCCACGCCGAAAGCUCAGCGUCAGCUCAAGUCACAGGUCGACCUGGUCCUCACCCGCCUCGAGGCUCUCGAGGCUGCUCACUUGGAGCCGAGCCCGGCCGUGCCAGCCCCGCCGCCUCCGGCCCCGGUGGCAGCCGACGAAGUCACCGCCGCCCUCGACAUGUACCGCUCCAAGGUCUCGAACAUGCAAUCCAAGCUAGUCCUCGCCCACGCCCGCAUCGCCGAGCUCGAAGAGGCCAACGCCGAGCUCCGCAUCGAGGCCUCCAAGCUGCGCUCCUCGCCGGCGCUGACCAACAUCGCCAAGCUCGCCCGCAAGAUUGAGGACAUGGAAAAGCGGCACAUGCUGCGCGAGCUCGAACUCGAGUCUAUCAUCGAAGACACCAAGACCUCAUCCAAGCUCGACCUCGCCCUCGUCAAGAAAGAGCACGCCAACCAACUUGCCGCCAAGAACUCAGAAAUCGCUAUCUUCCAGAACGAGCUCGACUCGCUCCUCGGCACUGUCGACGUCCUCCGCGCCGCUCUGGUUUAGCCGCCCGUCCAUCAACCACUCGCUUACACAGACCGCUGCAGCUCGCACAGAUCAAACUGCCGGUGCGGCCGCGGAAGGCUCCCGUCCGCCACCACCCCAAACACAUCGCAGUCCCACACCAGCCAGUACCAGCGCACCGCCGAACGUACAGGACAGAGCAGGCCGGGUGCUCGCCGCACGUUCGUCGUCUCGUCGUCCAGCUCGACUACUCGCGUCAGGCCAUCGCGCGAAACACAUCGCCCCGCCCAUGGCGUGAGGUGUGUCACCACGCAAAGACCCUCCGCGCCAUCGUCCACCUCCC